GUUUGUUCUCAUCCACUCUCUCCCUCCCCCUUUGGUUAAACUUUGACGACUGCCGUAGUGAGCGCCUGCACAUUUUUUUCUGUGGUGAGAGUGAGAUGCGUGUCUGCGUGAGGAGGGGAAAGGAGGAGGGAGCAGAGGUCUGGAUUUCCUUCCCCAGUGUCCGUGUUCCCGAAGCACUUCUCAUGUUGUGAGUGAAAAUGAAAGGGUUGUUUUUUAUUUGAGCUCUGGAUGGGAGGGACCGGGCCAACAAGUGCACCAUCCUCCCCGGCAGAACACGGAUGAGACUCACACCCGGAGAAUGCUAAGCGGAGGGAAAGGGGAAGCACAACAUGGGCUCGUAUUUGGCGGAAAGCACCCAGAGCAGCAAGUCGGUAGCGCCGGAGGAAGUUUCUGAAGCUUCGGAGCGGACUGCGUUGAAAGGGUAAACUCGGUUCCUCUGCUCCCGCCUUCUAAAGCAGCUGAAACAUUUCGACACACAAGCUGGAUGGAAGGCACUGGAUAACAAGUUAAUUAUUAGAGCAGCUGGUAAACAGCCAAGAGAAUCCCCACGGAUUGGAUCACUAUGUGGAGCUGUGAAGUGUUUAAUGGUACCAGGAUCACUGAGGACCAGUACCUCUGCCAUGAUUUCCACCUUAUCCUCUCCAUCUUCUCCCUCCUCUACCUCAUCAUCUGCUUUCCCAUUGGCCUGUGUUACAACGCUCUCCUGAUCCUGGUCAACCUGUACAACAAGGCCACAAUGACAAUGCCCGACGUUUACUUCGUGAACAUCGCUAUCGCCGGCCUCAUUAUCAACGCAGUGGCCCCGAUGUACCUCCUGGGGCCUGACAACACAAAGUGGGCCAUCUGGAACGUUAACAACGAAGUUUAUAUCACCUUGCUGAUCCUGUUCAACGUUUCGUCCCUGGUGAUCAUGUACUCGACCACCCUGCUCAGCUUGGACUACUACAUUGAGCGGGCUCUGCCACGGACUUACAUGUCCAGUGUGUACAAUACAAAACACGUCUGUGGGUUUAUCUGGGGCGGGGCGAUGCUAACCAGCUUUUCCUCCCUCCUCUUCUACAUCUGCAACCAUGUGUCCACUAAAAUUAUUGAGUGCUCUAAGAUGCAAAACAAGGAAGCUGCUGAUGCCAUCAUGGUGUUCAUCGGGUACGUGGUUCCAGCCGUUGCUGUUUUGUACGCGCUGGUGUUGAUUUUACGAAUACGCAAAGAGACCACCCCGCUUGACCAUGAUACCGGAAGGCUGGAUCCAUCUGUGCACAGACUUUUGAUUGCCACAAUCUGUACACAGUUUGCAUUAUGGACUCCUUAUUACAUGACUCUUCUGCUAAACACAUUUUUCUUCCCACAGGGGAAGUAUGUAGAUGACAAUCACCUACAGAUUCUACAUUUCGUCAUGGACGUGUCAAAAUUCUUGGCAUUUUCGAGCAGUUUUGUGAUGCCGCUGCUCUACCGCUAUAUCAACAAAAACUUUCCUCAUAAACUACGACGGCUCAUUAAGAAAAUGCACUGUGGGGACCAGAGGUGUUCUCACGAUCGUUCAGCUGUGCAGCAAGUGAUGACGUAAGAGGAAAAGUCGACUCCUGGGGGCUCAAAUACUGUGAGCCUUGAGAACUGUGGGUCUUAACCCUGCCAACCAGAGCAUUAUCCCACUACUUAUCAUGGAGAAUUUAUGCAGCAGUUCUGAGCAUUGAUCCUGGAAGAGGGCUAUUAUUAACACUGACCAAAUCUGAACCCUCCGGUAACACAGAUUGCAGAAGUGCACUAAAAGGUUAGGAUACCUGGCAGUUAUGUGCACAUUCAGAGCACCGAGUUGGAGACAAAACUUGGGCCUUUUUUUUUUAAUUUCAUUCCAGUUCUAAGGACCUUGGCUGGAUAAAUGACUAAGAGGUUAAUUGAAGUCUUGUUGGACUAUAUAGCACUUUGUUACAGAAGGACAUAUUUUUUUCUUUCUCUCUAGAAAGAGAAAGUCAUUGGAAAUUGCCUUGUACUCUAGCAUCCUUCUUGAAGUACCCUGUGUCUUUUCAGAGUAGCCAAUCUCUGUCCAAAGUCACAGUGUUGAAGCAGGCAGGGGUCUGAACAGCCUGAAGUGAAAUAUAAGCUACGUUAACUUAUCUUUCUCCUCCCUAAAGUUUGUGCAUUUAUCUUAUACAUCCAUUCUUAUGGAUUAACUCAUCCCAAUUUACCUACUUGAAAGCCUUUACAAAAUCUGGCUUUUAAAAAACAAAGUGAAGUAAUUAAAAUGAAGAAGUCCAGUA